AUGGUUGCAGCGAAGAAGACGAAGAAGUCCCAUGAAGGAAUCAACAGCAGAUUGGCUUUGGUGAUGAAGAGUGGCAAAUACACUCUUGGUUACAAAUCUGUUCUCAAAUCUCUUCGCAGUUCCAAAGGUAAGUUGAUAUUGAUAUCUAGCAAUUGCCCACCAUUGAGGAGAUCUGAGAUUGAGUACUAUGCUAUGCUUGCUAAAGUUGGAGUUCAUCACUACAAUAGAAACAAUGUUGAUCUUGGUACUGCCUGCGGUAAAUACUUCCGUGUGUCAUGCCUCAGCAUAGUUGACCCAGGUGACUCUGACAUCAUCAAGUCGCUUCCUGGAGACCAGUGA